GCACUUUUGAAUGCCAAUUUGCAGCGAAAAUGCCGUUGCCAGUUUGCUUGUGACAGCUGUGAUCGUUGCAUCUUCAAAUCGAAUUGAGAGCAAAAGUCGAGUGGUUCGAUGAGUGUUCGAGUUAUUCUCAUUUGGGCAACGUGAUAAUAAACAGGCAGACGCUGUGGAGCUGCAAAGAGAGAAAACACUCGAAUUCCUGCGAAUUUUGACAUUCGUUCUUUUGUUUCUGAUCAUAUCCCUAUAUCUAUAUCGGUUUGCGUUCUAAAACACACACACCGAAAAACCAAACUGGCAUAGAGUUUUGGCCGUUGCAUCAAACAUGCCCAAAUUACCAGCGGUUGGCAUUGAUCUUGGCACAACGUACUCUUGUGUCGGCGUAUUUCAGCAUGGCAAAGUGGAGAUCAUUGCCAAUGAUCAGGGCAAUCGGACCACGCCCAGCUAUGUGGCCUUUACGGAGUCGGAGCGUCUCAUUGGUGAUGCCGCCAAAAAUCAGGUGGCCAUGAAUCCAAAUAACACAAUUUUCGAUGCCAAGCGGCUGAUUGGACGCAAAUUCGAUGAUGCAACGGUGCAAAGCGAUCUGAAGCACUGGCCCUUCGAGGUAUUCUCGGAUAGCGGCAAGCCGCGCAUACGAGUCGAGUACCAGGGUGAGAAGAAGAGCUUCUAUCCUGAGGAGGUAUCCUCGAUGGUGCUCACCAAGAUGAAGGAGACGGCGGAGGCAUAUCUGGGUGGCACCAUUACGGAUGCAGUGGUCACCGUUCCGGCCUAUUUCAAUGAUUCGCAGCGACAGGCGACCAAGGAUGCGGGCACCAUAGCCGGAUUGAAUGUGCUCCGCAUCAUCAAUGAGCCGACGGCAGCGGCAAUUGCCUAUGGCUUGGAUAAACAGGCGACCGGGGAGAGAAAUGUGCUGAUCUUUGAUCUGGGCGGCGGCACCUUCGAUGUCUCCGUGCUGACCAUCGAGGAUGGCAUCUUUGAGGUGAAGGCCACUGCGGGGGAUACGCAUCUGGGCGGCGAAGAUAUUGACAAUCGGAUGGUCAAUCAUUUUGUGCAGGAAUUCCAGCGCAAGCAUAAGCGUGAUCUUGGCCAGAAUAAGCGCGCCUUGCGACGCCUGCGAACUGCCUGUGAGCGUGCCAAGCGUACGUUGUCCUCCUCCACGCAGGCCAGCAUCGAGAUUGACUCACUCUUCGAGGGCAUCGAUUUUUAUACGUCCGUAACGCGGGCCCGGUUUGAGGAGCUCAAUGGUGAUCUAUUUCGGAGCACCAUGGAGCCGGUGGCGAAGGCGUUGCGUGAUGCCAAAAUGGACAAGGGGCAGAUCCAUGAUAUUGUGCUUGUCGGAGGUUCCACCCGUAUACCCAAGGUGCAGCGUCUGUUGCAGGAUUUCUUCAAUGGCAAGGAGCUGAACAAGUCCAUAAAUCCCGAUGAGGCGGUGGCCUACGGUGCUGCCGUCCAAGCGGCCAUAUUACACGGCGACACCUCGGAGGCGGUGCAGGAUCUGCUCCUGCUGGAUGUGGCACCACUCUCGCUGGGCAUCGAGACGGCUGGUGGUGUUAUGACAGCGCUGAUCAAGCGCAACUCAACCAUACCCACCAAGCAGACACAGAUCUUCACCACGUAUGCGGACAAUCAGCCCGGCGUGCUCAUCCAGGUGUAUGAGGGCGAACGUGCCAUGACCAAGGACAACAACAUAUUGGGCAAAUUCGAACUGACCGCCAUACCGCCAGCACCGCGUGGAGUGCCCCAGAUUGAGGUGACCUUUGAUAUCGAUGCCAAUGGCAUACUCAAUGUUAGUGCCGCUGAGAAGUCCACGGGCAAGGCGAACAGGAUAACGAUUACGAAUGAUAAGGGUCGCCUCUCCAAGGAGGAUAUCGAGCGCAUGGUCAACGAAGCCGAGUCCUAUCGCCAGGCAGAUGAUCAGCAACGUCAGCGCAUCGAUGCCAAGAACCAGCUGGAAUCCUACUGUUUCCAAAUGCGAUCCACUCUGGACGAUGAGCAGCUGCGCAGUCGCAUCAGCGAUGUCGAUCGGAACACAAUCCAGCAGAAGUGCAGCGAGACCAUCAGUUGGUUGGAUGCCAACCAGCUGGCCGAGAAACAGGAAUUCGAGCACAAGCAACAGGAGCUGGAGCGCAUCUGUAACCCAAUCAUGACCAGACUCUAUCAGGGCGCCAAUAUGCCCCCGCCGCAGCCGUCCAACCAGAAUUCGAAUGGAGGCGGAACUGGUGGCGGUGGCAGUGGUGGCCCAACCAUCGAGGAAGUUGACUAACUGCUCAAUUAAAUUGUUAUGAGUUCUUUUUUAGCCCCAAUCAAAAUUAAAGAGUGUUCAAUUAAAAGAAUAAAGAUAAUAAAAUUCUAAAAAAAAAAAAAA